AUGAGGGGAUGCCUCACAUGUCGUCUGCGCCAUCUAAGAUGUGAUAAAACAGGAGAAAAAUGUCUACGCUGUCUGCGAUCAGGCCGCGAAUGUGUACCACCACCAGCCAAAUCGGAAGAGGUCUCCUUUCGACAUGGCCAGAACCCAUCCUUGCGACGAGAAGGGCCCCCUAAGUACGGCGAAAGUGACUUGACGUUUCCGGAUGAUCAGGUCUGGGUCUUGAGCUCUUCUGAAUAUUUGUUCAAAGACGAGACCGACCUCACAGCAUCCGAGUAUCACGUUGUCCCUAUCACCGGAAAAUCAGUCUCUCGCUCUUCAUCAGAAGCCCGAUCCACAAUUUCCUCCACCAAGGAAGGAAGCAGUAGAAGAAAUGUCCCUAUUCAAUCCUCUUAUACACAUAUUGCGCCCUGUUCUGUCUCUGGACCUUCACCUUUUGCCAUCCCCGUCGGUCUUCCAAGACUUGCCAACAUGAAUGAAGCCUAUCUGUUAAGACAUUUCCAGCGAUAUAUAGCUGAUUGGCUCGACGCCGGCGACCCCGAACGGCAUUUUUCCAUAGAUGUAGCCAGGCGGGCCAGUCAAUCGCCCCUUCUUCUCUACGCAUGUAUAGCCGUCGCCGCAUACCACCUAUCUAGAACGACAAACUCUAUCCCUUCUCACGUCGCAGAUAGCUACCAUGAGCGCUGUGUCUCUAUUAUGCUCCCUGUGCUGGACAACCCGGAAUUCCAUAUUGGUAUGGACGUUUUACUCAGUUCAACCGUCAUGCUCCGCUUUUUUGAGCAAAUCUCAUCCCACACACCCUCCAACGACCCACAACGCCAUCUGCUAGCCGGUUCGGUGUAUAUCAGUUCUCAUGUCGACUGCGCGAUCUCCGGUGGUCUCGCAACGGCCUCGUUCUGGGUCUUUGUGAUCCAAGAUAUUCAAUUUGCACUCACCUAUCAGAAAUGUCUUCGGCUGCCAUUCGCACCGUUUGAUGACCGCCUUCGGCAAUGGUGGUUCACGAAGCCGGUUCUAAGCGACGGCGACUGGGUCAACAGGGCCAUCUGGCUCCUUGCCGAGACGGUCGACUUUUGCUAUAAUGUCUCUGGGAGAAAUUAUGGAGGUAAUUUAGGGAUUGCUGGGGAAAAUAUGCUGAGACAGCGGAUUCAGGAAUGGGAGGUAGGUCGUCCGGACUCGUUUACGCCGCUUCAUGUGUCUCCGCCUGAGCCUGGGAGGGGAAAGCCCUUUCCUGUUGUUUGGUAUACGAGUUUGUAUUUCUCUACGGCCAUACAGCAUGUCUGUCUAGCCAAAGCUCUGAUGUUGAUUCGGGAGAGUGAGGUUUACGACAAUGGGGUCUCGCUAGAGCAGCGCAUAAAUCUGAAGGAACAAAUCACCGAAAAUCUCAACUAUCUUUUCGGCAUCGCCCUUUCUGCAGACGAUGAGCCUUCAUUGCGAAUCAUGGCGUGUCAUGCCCUGUGUGCCUGUAAAGCAUGGAUAGAUGAUCCUGCCGCCCAAAACUUGUUAUUUGAUCUCUUGAGGAGAACCGAGCGACAAAACGCGUGGCCGUGGGCUUAUGUCGAGCAGCGCAUUUUACAAACGUGGCAGCAAGCCUCAAGAUAG